AUGAAAAACUCAUUCGGUGCUUCUUUGUCUUCCCUCCCUGUCGAGCUGGUUGAGCUGAUCGCCGAUUCGCUCGACGCAGAUGGUUUAUUAAACCUCCGUUCGGUGUGUCACGAGCUUCAAACGCGAACAUUCCAUCACUUUGCGCAGCGCUUCUUCUCGUCAAUCAAGACAGACCUUUCUUGGAAAAGUCUGAGUCGGAUCAAUGCGCUCUCUCAGAAUAUUGCAUUACGCCCUUAUGUGCAUGGUCUGGCCUUCAUGCUCCAAAAUGGGGUCGGUCGCGGCUUAGUUUGGGAUCGCCACCCAUGGGGUCCUCUAUCCGCACCCUUGGAAGUAGAAGCGAUUCGGUCUUUACGAGAUAAUUUAAUCCACAACUUGACCAAUUGUCGUUCAUUCUUUAUUUUCUGUCGAUACCCAGAGGGCCAUCCGGAUAUGAGCCAUGUUACUAUUACCGACGCCGUCGCCGUCUUCUUUGCCCUGGUCGUUGAUGCUCAUCUACCAGUUUCAUCGUUCCAUCUCAUCUACGCCAACCAAUAUUCGCGCACCUUAAUCAUGGAUAUGCGUCGUCUACCCAAGCUUCUCUAUCGUCAACCCGAAUUCAAACUGGUAUGGGGUAAUCUAGAAAAACUCUCCUUGGAACAAUAUCUCACUUUGGACAACUUUGGGUUCCUGCUUGAGCUGGUUCUCAGCGCUCCAAAUCUUCAGACCCUCCUAUUGAACCUCGGCUCACACGAGCUAGCAUCUGAAUUCAUGCAUGAAUUGGCCGAGUGUGCCAGUUUCUCCAAACUCCGCGAACUCGCGUUAUUCCGAACAUAUAUGCGCGCCCCGGAUCUUCAUAAACUACUCGGCAAUAUACGCAUGAACUUGACUUCCCUCACAUUAUAUCAUGUUUCUCUAGCUGCGGGAGAUGACUGGACUCUAUUUCUUAAGGAGCUAGGCCAUGGAUUUAUGGCUUUGCAAAGUAUCUCUCUGUAUUAUCUGUGGGCUAGCACGCCUGUCAAGGGGCUUUUAAAUUUCCCAGAUAUUCCAAAAACCCCUUCAUGGUGCAAUUCGAAGAAUUUGAAGGACCAGCACCUUAACAUGUUCUACUCCGAAGAUGUCAAAAGCCCCACUGUUCUUGGGAUUGAAUAUUCUGGGUCGAAGAUGUCGCAGGUGCUGAGUUUAUUGCAAACGCCGGUUGGAUGCUCUUGA